CAUCCGAUCACUCCCAGCACAGACCAGCGUGAGCAAUGUGACUCCCCUCCCCCACUCCCAAUGGUUCAUUCCACCCUGGGAGAGGAUGAUGGCCGACCACUGAGGAUGUAAAUUGUCCGGGGAAUGUACAAACAUCCGGACUUGAAGUCUGCAUCCAUUCCAGAACCUACAACGCAAUCCAGCGUCUCACCGGAUCACCAGAGAUCAGAUCCGCAACCCAACAUUCCAUCAUGUAAGAGUUGAUUUACACCCAGCAUGGCUUUACAUCUGUCUCCGAGAGGAAGGCCAACCACCAGGGCUGCCACACAGAGUACCGAGAUGUCUCCUAACAAGAAGAACCAGGCAGGGGACACCGAGUCCAACCCAAACCUCCAUCCAGCAGCUGAUCCAAACGAAGUGGACUUUGUGAAAGUUCAAUGUCCUGCAAAAGACGGAAGCAACUUCAAAAAAGUCCCCGAAAUCGAAAUCAAAUUGGAGUCGAGUGAUGAGGAAGAGGACAGGUCUGAAGAAGGUUCCACUUGUUCGGCUCCCCCCGACAAAAGGAAAAAUGGACCCAGUACACCUUACAAUGUCUUCUCCACCGUACAGGGAAAAGGACACUGUGGGGAGGAUGGAAUUCUCUCUUCAAUGAUGCGUCCAAUCAGAAAGAGAAAGUCCACCUCGGAGGUGUGGCAGUUUUUCUCCCGGAACCCCACCAACAUCACCAGAGCCAUAUGUGGACUUUGUAAAAUGAGCGUCAGCCGAGGGAAGCUCGGGGGUAAUUUUGGAACCACGGCCCUGAAGCGCCAUCUAGAAUGCAAGCACCCACAGGAAUGGGCCCAGCGGACGUCCAUGAGGCUGCAGAGAGCAGAGCUGGAGGAAGAAGAAAAAGAAACCUUUGAGGGUGACGAGGAGAAGGAUGAGGCCUACCAAAGUCCAGCCCCAGAGGCCCCAUCCUGCUUACCCGGCGCCCAACAUGCUGCUCAAAAAGGCGUGCAAACUAAGUAUUGCUCUUUUGUACCUUCUCAGGAUCCCAGUUCACCAAAAACAUAUGAGAUCAUUGAUUCCAGCGACGAAGAGGAAGAAAGAAGGGAACAAACUCUAGGACACCUCGAAGAAGGCAACGAAAGGAAAAGAAAGAAACUAGAGGACGUUGAUAAGGUAACCCUUCCAAAUGGCCAUUUCGCCAUUGACACAGGAGACCCUUCCAGCGCUUCGCUUGGCCUCGAAUACGCCCAGCCUUCAAGUUCGCUCACUUUUACAAUCCCGGACUAUUCCGCCGUGCCUCUCGGAGCUCGUCGAAGGAAAUCCAUUUCUGCCGUGUGGCAGUUUUUCUGCCUCGACCGCACUAACAUCUGCCGAGCCAUCUGCACGUUAUGCCAGACAAGCGUCAGCCGCGGCAAAAUGGGUGGACAUUUCGGGACCUCGGCGCUGAUGAGACAUCUAGAGGGGAAACAUCCCAUAGAGUGGGGGAGGGGGAAGUUUAAUAAACUGAACAUUACCAACGCCAUAGAGGUGGAGGAUGAGGAAGACGAAGACAUGGACGAGUCGGCUAUGUAUCCAGAAUUUCCUUUCGGCAAUUUCGGACCGGCAGAUCUCUCUUUGUAUUCUAAUAUGCCGGAAGCUAUAAACCAAAUGCAUUAUAAUAUGCCAAUGGAGUACAACUUUGACAGUGAGGAACCUGUGAUGGAUGGUAGUGAUGUCUCUUCACCCAUGUCUCUGCCGUCUUAUAAAGGGAAUGUUGCGCCCACAAGCGCUAAAAUGAAACCCAUUGGCAGGUAUCCCCCGAACCACCCAAAAGCCCAGGCGUGGAACAGGAACAUUACUGAGCUUCUCUGUGAAUCGGCCUUGCCCUACUCCUUCGUCAGCUCCAAGGCUUUUAAAAAAUUUAUGGGCAGAGCCGACUCGCAGUACUCCGUCCCCACAAAAUCGUUUUUCUCCAAGAAGGCCGUCCCUCAGCUCUAUGAAGCCGUGUGCGAGAACAUAGCGAGGGAGCUGAAGAGGUCAUCGUGUCCCUUCAUCCACAUCACCGCCCACGUGUGGAGUGGUGACCUCACUUCCUACUAUUUGUCUCUGACGGCACACUGGUCGGUGAUGAGCCCCGAGGCCGACCAACCUACCGAGAGGAAGUAUGCUGUCCUUUGCGUUAAACGUUUUCCAAAAGAAUUCACCGAAGUCAACAUUCAGCAAGAACUGAUUCGGCAGGCCAACCUUUGGCUUAUGUCCAACGCUUUGAGUCCCGGCUUCUUCAUCUCCAAUAGAGACUUUAAUCUCGUUCAGGCCAUCAAAGGCGCCAAUUGCACCUACAUCCCCUGCUUUACCCAUUCCCUGAAUCUGUUGGUCAAAGACUUUCUACAGAACAACCGUUACAUUGCAGGCAUGCUUGCCGUGGCCAGAAAAGUGUGCGGCCAUUUCAUCCACUCUGCUAGAGCGAGGAGAAUCCUUGCAGGGUUACAAUACCAAAAUAACUUGCCGAAGCAGUCUCUAAAACUCGAGACCGUUCCUCACUGGACUUCCACGUUCUACAUGCUGCAGAGGCUUCUGGAGCAGCAAAAAGCCGUCCAGGCGUACUUCCUGAUGCACAAAGUGGACACGGUGGACACCGUUCUCAACCCAAGUCACUGGAACCUUAUGCUGUCCUUGGUGGAUCUCCUGCAACCGUUCGAGAUGGCCACCCGGGAGGUCAAUUCCCAUAACUCCUGCCUCAGCCAGGUGUUGCCAGAACUUCGUUAUCUCCACAUCUUCCUGAAAAAAAUCAGAGGACAUUUCGAAAGCACGGGGGACGCCAACGGAGUCGUAAUCGCCGACAGUCUGGCCCUCAAGCUUUCUACAGAUUACGGAGUCAAUGAAAUGUUCCAGAAGGAAGAGUACGUUCUGGCCACGUUGCUGGAUCCACGAUUCAAAGGAAGGAUAGAGGCCAUACUGCCUCCAGAGUCGGAUAUUGACCACUGGAAACAGGUCCUAGUGAAGAAAGUAAAGGAGGUCAUGUUGUCCUCUAACUCCUCACCCCAAGUGAGUAGGACAUCUUGCCAGUUUCGGGACGGUGGAAACUCAGAGCCGGAGAUGUUUUCUGGUAAGCUGGUGGAUUUGGAAGCAGGUGGGCCUCCGUGGAGUAGGAACAUGGCUGCCGCACCCUUAAUUUACAAGGAGAAAUCUUUAAUCGAACACUUGGAGAGCGUUGGCCUUCUGGCGUCAAAGUCUACAGGGGCCUCCUUGUCGACAGAAAGCCACUCCGCAAACGUCAUGGUGGAGAACUACCUUCAGGACAAUAAGACUAUCGGAGCCAAAGACGACCCGCUGGUCUACUGGCAGAAGAGAACGUGGCUGUGGCCGGCCUUAACCAAGCUGGCGGUCAUGUACCUGACCUGCCCGCCCUCCAGUAUUUUUGCAGAGCGCGUUUUCAGCUCUCCCCAGACGUUUAUGGACAAGCAGUGUUCUUCGGGUGUCAUGGAAGGAAUGGAGCCCAUCGUCUUUCUGAAAUGUAACCUGGAGAACUUUCCUAACUACAACCCUCCCCCGCUAAUCUUCUCCUCCGACAACGAAGCUGAGCAGAGUGACUCCGAUGAGGGGCUUUAAUGUCAAUGUUAAAUGUCAUGAGGCAGGGUAGGGAAAAACACUGCAUAUGGUAUUAAUUAUCUCUUAUUACAUCAUCGCAGGCUCUUGAAGUGUUAGUGUGGUCAUCGGGAAAUUUUAUUAGUUGGCACAGAUGUGGAAUUGUACAUGUCGAGGUCCAAGUGGCCAAAAAUAUCUCAGUGGAUACUUCCAGAGCCGGUACAGCUGGAAUGGGAGAUAGAAUGUUUUAUUUCUAGAGUUAAUAAAUUUCAUGUUUCUGCUUUA